AUGCCUUCUCGCGAUAAGUACACCGACCCUGACCUCCGCGACGAAGUCAAAGAAGAAAUCCAUGCUUCUGACAAAGGCGGCCGACCAGGCCAAUGGUCUGCUCGAAAGGCCCAAUUGAUGGCGUCCGAAUACAAAAAACGUGGCGGCUCCUACACAACCGAUAAAGAGACCGGGCAAGACGAGUCCCAGAAACACCUGUCUAAGUGGACAGAAGAAGAAUGGCAGACCAAAGAAGGGGAUGCGAAUGCUACAAAGGAGGAUGAUGGCACGAAGAAACGCUAUCUACCCAAAAAAGCGUGGGAGAAUAUGAGUGAAAAGGAGAAGGAGGAGACGGAGAAGAAGAAGGAAGAAGGCGGGAAAGAGGGAAAACAGUAUGUGGGGAAUACGGGCAAGGCGAAGGAGGAGAGGCGGAAGGCUAGUAAGGAUACUGAGGGUGAAGGGGACGAGGAGGAGGACGAGGAGGAGGAGAGCGGGCAGGAGUCGAAGGGUAAGAAGAAUGGGACUUCUACUGCUGCGAAGAAAGGACAGAAGCCUGGUAGGCCAUCCAAGUCCAAGGACACGGAGAGAAAAGAGAAAGAGGGUGAACAGGAAGGCGAGGACGAAGAUGGCGAUCAUGCAGAAGAAGACGGGGUUGAUAAUGACGGCGAAGAGGAAGAAGAUGGUGACUUCGUCGAAGACACAGAAGCGAAUCAAGCAGACGAAGAGGAGGAUGAAGAUGAUGGUGAUGGCAAUGAAGAUGAACCCCAUGGACAAAAGAGGGUUCAUACACGACAGGAUGAUAAGAUCGAGAACAAGAAGCAAAAGACAAAUGGAGAAGAGAAUGGAGAGAAAGAAUAG